UCGCGAGACUAUCUGAACCUGGAUGGAAGGCAAGAUGGCUGACUCUGGCAGCAUCCACCAAACGGAUGAGGAUAGCGACGCUAAACCGAACAAGUUGUCAGAUUUAUUAAAUCGUGGAUGGCAAAUAUUUGAAGAAGUAGACACCACAAAUGAGCCGAUUGGAUCAAACCACAUCCAAGUUAAAAUUAAACGGGGGAUAACGGCAUUGGAAGAUGUUACACGAAUGGUGGCUGAGCUUCAACUGUUCAGUCGGAACGAGCUUCUAGAGGAAAUGGCGACGGCCGACCUGCGGUACCUGCUGCUGCCCGCGCUGCUCGGCGGCCUCACGCUGCGGCUCACGGACCGGGACCGCCGCGCGCUCACCGUCACCGCGGCUCGGGAACACUUCCACGCGUUUCUUAGACGAUGCAAAGAAUACCAUGUGUCAGACUUCAAGCUGCCCAAAGCCCAGCUGGAAACGGACGAAGAGUCCAGAUGUGCACCAUCUACAACCAAGUCUCCAGCCUCCACCAACUCAUCGGACCUCGUCGCCAUGGCGGUGCAGAGACAAGCCAAGAUUGAAAGAUACAGACAGAAAAAAAUGACAGAAGAUAGAUUGGUAGAAGUUAAAAAAGCUGUUGACAGUGCGAUGGCUGAUGAAGAAGUUGUCCGUGACUUCUAUCUUCUCACGGUGAAGAAAUGGAUCAACAUAGCUCUUGAGGAAAUUGAAAGCAUUGACUUGGAGCUGGAGAUUUUAAAGAGAAUGGACUUACCAUCAGGACCCAGACAGUUUAAACAUCCACAAAGGCCACCUAUGAAACCUUUUGUUUUGACCAAAGAUGCUGUACAGGCCCGGGUGUUUGGAGCUGGUUACCCCAGUCUGCCCACUAUGAGCGUAGACGAAUGGUAUGAAGAGCACCAGAAACGGGGGAUCCUUCCGGACCAAGGACUGCCCCAGAGGGAGGAGGAGGUGGAGGGUAAAGAUCAUGAGGAUGAGAUGAAGGAGAAACAGGUGGAGGAGGACGAUGAGGAGGCCCUGGCUAAAGCCAGGAACUGGGAUGACUGGAGAGACUCUCAUAGAAGAGGUUAUGGAAACCGCAAGAACAUGGGCUGAACAUCUCGUCUAGCUUUAAAGUCUCUGAUCAACUUAAAAAUGCAUGAAAGCAUUCAGUAUAUUUGAUUGUCAAUUUGUUUGUCCCAAUUUUUUUACAUAUUGAAACCGAGCCAUUAUGUAUCGCAUGUGGAGUGUUUUAUUAUACUAACAUCUUCCAAUAAACCAAUUACCUGUCAA